AUGGAUAGCGGUAUAUUUUGGAAAUUUCCAUGUGAAGAAGGUGCAUUUGAUAUGAGCAAAUAUGUAGAGGCUAACGACCUAGAGAGUAUAUUAAAUUAUGAAGGUGUGAUACAAGAAAUAAAAGCAGAAAACUACGAGUUGUUAAAUUUUUUAGGAAGAGAAGAAAAUUUAAAAAAGAUGUUAAGCUAUAUUAUUGAAGAGUCCGAUGAGAAAAAUAAUUAUGACAAGUCAUAUAAAUUUCCUUAUAAAUGUCAUCAGAUAAUAAGUUUAGAAAAUAAAUUAAUUAGUGACGCAAUAGUAUAUAAUAAUAAUUUGAUGAAAUAUUUUUGGAAUUUUAUUUUAAAUAAAAAUCAAUUGAAUGAAGUACUGGCAGGUUAUUUUAGUAGAUGUGCUAUUGCCAUAUAUAAUAAGAAUACAAAAGAAAUUGUAAAUUUUUUAAAAAAGAAAAAAGAUUUAUAUUUAAAAGGGUUUUUAUAUCAUUUUUAUUCAAGAAAUAUUACAGAAUUAUUUAAAGUUUUAUUAUUUGUUAAAAUACCUUAUUUAUGUAUAUUUGAUAAUAAGGAUAUUAUUUUUUUAAUUUUAAGUAAUCUCAAUGGAAAUUUUUCGGACAAUAUUUAUAUUACAUCUGAUAGAGAAGAUAAUAUUACUUGUUUAAUUAGAGAUAUAUUUGUAAGAAAAUCAGAAAUAUAUUAUUUCAAUUAUUUCCUUAUUGAUUUAUCAUCUCAAUUGUCUUUCUCUUAUCUUAUUAAAUGCGUUUUUUCAGAAUGCCCAUAUACCAUAUCUGCUGCUAUUACUAUUAUUUCGGAUCUGUUACACUAUACUGUGUUGGCUAAGUCCUAUAGUAAUAUAGACUUUUACGAGUGUAUGGAAAUAUACAAUAAGGAAGAAGAGAUGAAAAAAAACGAGUUAAGAGAUGUUAUGGAUUCAGAUCAGUGUAAAACAGACAAAGCUAUACAAAAUAAUAAUAAAAAAAAAAAAAGGAAAUCAAAUAAAAUGAUAGAAGAAGAAGAAAAUACAUAUACAUCAAAAGCAUAUAUUAGUUGCAUUCAAAAUAAUAUCAAUGAUGGAAUUUCAAGUACGAAAAACAGCGAUUCUUCAACACCCAACGACGCUUUUAUUAGGAAAGUUGCACCCCACGAUAAUAGAUUUGAAAAGGAGAAAAGAGAAAUAAUAGAAAAAAGCGAAUUAGAAAAAGAGGACAAUAUUAAUAAUAAAGAAAAACAUUUAGCUCAUGUUAGCAAAAAAAUUAAGGAGGAAAAAAGCUCUCGAGGUGUAGCAAUGGGUUUAGCUCUUGGUCCAGAGACAGGCCAAAUGGGCCACGCUGACCAAGUUGGACAAGCUGAGCAGGUAGGUUACAUUGCCUAUGUUGGACUUAACGAAGGGAGUAGUCCAGAUAACAUUAAUGAGGAGGACGGAUCGAACACUUCGGAAAAGAUGAACGAACCAAAGGAGGAAAUAAAAAAAAAUGCAGGUCUAGGGAACCAGCCAAUAGACAUUGAAAAGGGGAGUAGCGAUGGUUGUGCUGCAUAUGAUGAUCAAAAUGAAGGGGAAACAAACAAUAACAAAAAAGGAGAAAAAGAUGAUUUUUAUCGCACUGUUAAUAAUAUAUGUAUGAAUUGUGGUGCUUCCAACAAUGUACAUAGUUCUGCAUGCACCUGUACCGCUGGAUGCACCGCUGGCCAUACCUCUAUUUGUAACCUUGACAAUCCCAUUGAAAGAAAAGAGAAAAAUACUGCAUUUGACCCCCAUAAAGAUGAUGACCCUAAUGACGUUAAUAAUAACUAUCAUGAUGGUAGUUGUAGUAGUGCGCUUUUAAAUAAUAAUAGAAGUAUUACCGAAGAGGGGAACAAACACAGUGAGCAUGAAAGCUGGGCCAUUUUUAACAACUGUGCUAAUCAGAAUAACAAUAGAGGAAUAAAUUUUAAAGAAACAAAAAAUGAAAAGAGUAGUGAAAUGGAUAACUGCUUUUCGUGCGAAUCGGAACUAUCCUCUUCGGAUUAUUCUGAUGACGAAAAUUUGGAGCAUUUGACAAAAAUAAGAUUUGAAGAUGUACUAAAUAGGAUGAGAAAAAUUGCUAGCAAUAAGGUUUAUGUUAAUCAGGAGGGGAUGCCUAAUGUGGAAAGAUGCAAAGGGGGUGACGAGAAAAGCGAUGAGUGGAGUAGCGAACGGAGCGGCGAAUGGAGAGGAGAAUUUAGCAGAGAAUUUAAUGGCGAACGAAAUGAACGAUUCAGAAGGGGUGAGAGAAACGGGAUAAAUGAAACAGUGGAGAGAGGAGGAAGAGGAGGUAUCGUAAAAGAACGAAUGAACAGUGAGGAUAUAUUUGGUAUUGAAUCAAACGGAUGUGCAAGCAGUAUGAUGUUGAAUGAACAAAUGAAAGAAGACACAUUUCAUAUAUUUCAAAAAGAAGAAGGAGAUGUGAACAUUCCUCUUAGCAAAUGGGUAGAGUGUUUAGAAAAUUGUAGUUUUAUAGAUAUAUGUUUUUAUAAUUAUAUAAAAGAUAUAAUGAAGUUAUAUGUAAAGAAUAUAAAUAAAAAUAAGGAUAAGAAUGUUCUUGGAUUUACUACCUUAGAAAUUAUACAAUUAAUUAAAACAUUAAUUAAGACUAAGUCAAAAAAUAUAUUAACAGAAAUAAUUGACGAAGGUUUUUUUGAUAUUUCAAUUGAUAUUUUUUUUAAAUAUAAAUGGAAUAAUUUAUUACAUAUAUCUGUAUGUGAUUUAUUACAAACAAUUAUAUUUAAAGAAAAUGAAUAUUCAUAUUUGUUAUACUACAUAUUAGCAUUAACAACAUUUUUACCAAAAUGUUUACGAUAUUUUGAUGCAGUGAGAAGGUGUCGAAAUAUUAAAAAUAAAAAAUUUGAAAGUAUAAUUGAUUGUGGAUAUAAAGCGCAUCUGUUACAUAUAUGCCAAAUAUUAAGUAAUAAAUCUUUAGAAAUUAAAUGGUUAUCAAACUUUUUAGUAACCGUCUCAGGUUGGAAUGACAUAAUAAUAGAUGAACUGAAUCAUUAUUCCUUAUAUUUCAAUGAUGUUAAUUACAACGAUGAAAAAAAAGAAGAAGUACUUGAUCGAAACGACAUAAUAACCAACGAUAUGUGUUGUACCAAUGGUAACGAUAAUUUUACUCUUGUCAAUACAAACGUGGCGACUAAUAAUAACAUCACUGCUGAAGAGGAAGAGAGGGGUAUCCAAUUUAGCAUCGAAAAUAGUGGAGAAAAUAGGGGGGGGAAUAAUAGAGAUAAUAAUAGGGAAAAUAACAGAGAUAAUAAUAGGGAAAAUAAUAGAGAUAGUAACAUGGAACAUAGUAGAGAUAUUAACAUGGAACAUAGUAGAGAUAUUAACAUGGAACAUAAUAGAGAUAUUAACAUGGAACAUAACAGGGAUAAUAAUUUUGGUAGCUACUCAAAUGUUAUAGAUAUAUUAUUUGAUGAAAAUAAAAAUGAAUACAAUAAAUAUUUAAAUGAUUGUUAUAAAAACACCUCGGAUUACUCCUUGCCCUCAAACUCCUCUUUAAAUAGAGACAGUAAUGGUACUACCAACUGUAACGGCAUUAGUGGCACAAACAAUGGUAGUAAUGGUAAUACCAACUGUAGUAUCAAUAGCGAUAGUGGUAAUAAUACCAACAGGGAGAAUGCGCACAAUAUAAUGGAUAAUUAUAACAAGGAAGUGGAAGCACAAUUUGACGGUAAUAAUUUUGAUAUAAGCAACUACCAAAAUAACUACGAUGAUAAUUUCCAUAAAUAUGAUGACUUUUAUGAUAAUAAUAUUCAAAACAAAAUAAUUAAUUUUCCAAACGACUCUAAUAAUUAUGCAUUUGACGAUCAUAUGAAUGAAGAAGAAGAUAGUCAUUUCGAUGAUAUGCAAAACGGGAAUAACUACUAG